AGGCAGGGGUGGGACGGUGCAGGCGCAGAGGAUUGGGUUUGGCUGGACACGAUUUAAAGAGACAGAAGCUGUCGAGGUCCAAGAAGGCAGUCCCCAAGACCCUCCCCCCAAGUCCUUGGGACCACUUGGGUCCCCAAAGCUGGGGAGAUGGUUUGCGGUGGCUUUGCCUGCUCCAAGAAUGCGCUGUGCGCUCUCAACGUGGUCUACAUGCUGGUAGGCUUGUUGCUCAUUGGAGUGGCUGCUUGGGGUAAGGGUCUGGGUCUGGUAUCCAGCAUCCACAUCAUCGGAGGAGUCAUUGCUGUGGGAGUCUUCCUUCUUCUCAUCGCUGUGGCUGGACUGGUGGGCGCUGUCAACCACCACCAAGUACUGCUAUUCUUUUACAUGAUCAUCCUUGGUUUGGUCUUCAUCUUCCAGUUUGGAAUCUCUUGCUCAUGUCUGGCUAUUAACCGAAGCAAACAGACAGAUGUUAUCAAUGCUUCUUGGUGGGUCAUGAGCAACAAGACCCGGGAUGAACUGGAAAGAAGUUUUGAUUGUUGUGGCUUGUUCAACCUUACAACCCUGUAUCAACAGGAUUACGCUUUCUGCACUGCAAUCUGUAAGAGCCGGAGCUCCACAUGCCAGAUGUGUGGAGAAAAGUUUCUUAAGCAUUCAGAUGAAGCCCUGAAAAUACUGGGAGGUGUUGGACUCUUCUUUAGCUUUACAGAGGUUCUUGGCGUUUGGCUAGCAAUGAGAUUUCGGAAUCAGAAGGAUCCUCGAGCUAACCCCAGUGCCUUUCUAUAAGACUCUAGAUCCUUUUGACAUCUCUCCUGCUCUCUAUUCUCCCUAAGCUUUUCUUCCUCCCUUAGGGAAAACCUAGGGUCUGUAGCCCUUUUUGUUUGAGAAAAAGGAAGACCCUUUGCCACAUCCUCCAAAGAUGACCGAACAGCCAGGCUGUAUGCCUUGACAUGUUUAGCAGGAACAAGAUCAUAAAGAAUAAAGAACAACUUCCUCCCUCUCUCCCUAAGAGAAUAUGGGAAGCUCCUGGAAUGCAUGAAAUGGGAUGAGGUCUGGAGUCAUUCCUGGCUCUGUUUCCCCUCUUUUCCCUUCCACAUGCCAGACCACCUCAACAUAUCUUGGCCUGGCUUCCAGGGUAAAUCAGGGAUGGAACCAGGGGAAAAAUCCACCAAGAACUCUUUCUUACAUUAUGCAGGACCCGGUUUGGGGAAGUUCAAUGAAUAUAAAAAUAAAAGCCAUUUAAACUCCA